ACUUCAGCCUAAUGUGUGUGGCUGUCUUGCUGUGCUUGGGGAGUGGGGCCUUUGGGGCCAUAGAUCCACAUCACCUGAAGAUAAUUGUUGACUACAUCAGAGGGUAUGGCGUUGAGAACAAGCAUUAUGCUAUGGCUGUAAGACUGGAUGACAAUCUCUGCAAUGCACCGACACAAGCUGACUUGAAGAAAGCUUUGCCUAAGAGUGUUAUGGAUCAGAUGCACAAGGAUAUUGAUAAGCAAAAUGGCAUAUAUGUCCCAAAGUCAAUUGGGAAUAUUGUUGCAGCCAGACCAAGAAUUUUUCAGGACACCACUGAACAUGCUGAAUGGCGCCUGUUGCAUGAAGAUCAGAACAGCCCUGUAACCAAGAUGCUAAAAAAUAAGGAACGGAAGAGUUGUCUGAUCUUCUUUAGCAAGUUAUCUCCCUGUGUAGACCGAUGUCUCAAUCAGAAUGACAUGAGAAACAUUGUCCAGUGGAUCAAACCCCUUUUUGCCAAGCUCAAUCAAAAUCUUAGGGCAUUUGUCUUUGAGACCAUUUAUGGGAAAGAUUCAAAGAAAGAGGCUGAAGUUGUGGUGGAGGCCUGGAAAAGCAUCCAAGAUGCCCCACUUUUUCGAUGCGACAAAAACCAAGCCUGCAUCAAAUGUUUUAACAACAACCAACUUAACCCCAAGUGCUUGAACAAGUAGGGAGAGCCAGCAGCAUCAUGGUACACACCCAGGCAGGGCAGUUGUGGCAACUAGCAAUUGCCAAGUGGCUUCCUGGGCAAGUUCAAAUCAAAG